GGGCCAACUGUUUUUUUUGUCAGAUUCCUCACUUAAAUAUUCCUAUGGAUUAAUAAUACGCUUUCGUCGACAAACAGAGGUGUUUCUCAAUUUGGCAUCAUAGCCUCCGAUUCAUCGCACCGGUCACCCAGAGGACUCAUCGAGAGAUGAAGACUCUUGACGAGCCCCCCUACUUGACAGUAGGGACGGAUGUUAGUGCCAAGUACCGAGGGGCUUUCUGUGAGGCCAAGAUUAAGAUGGCCAAGAGGCUAGUCAAGGCCAAGGUGACCUUUAAACCAGAUCUGACCACAGCUGAGGUUCAUGAUGAAAACAUCAAAGGACCUCUAAAGGUGGGUGCUGUUGUCGAGGCUAAGAAUCAAGAUGGAGUUUACCAGGAGGCCACGAUCAAUAAGCUGAACGAUGCUAGUAUAUAUACUGUUGUGUUUGACGAUGGCGACGAGAAGACCCUGAGGCGUUCCUCUCUCUGCCUGAAAGGAGCGCGUCACUUUGCAGAGAGCGAGACACUCGACAGACUCCCUCUCACCAACCCUGAGCACUUCGGCACACCUGUCAUCGGCAAGAAGGGCAACCGCGGUAGACGAUCAAACCCUGUCCAAGAAGAAGAAUUGUCUUCAUCGUCCAGCGAAGAGGAGAGCAACAAGCGGCAGAAUGAGGAUCUGUUUGGCAAAGUGGUCUGUGUGGAGGGGGUCGCCACCGGGGAAAAAAAGAAGACCACGUGGUAUCCUGCUUUGGUCAUCUCCCCAGACUGCCAUGACGACGUGACUGUGAAGAAGGACAACAUCUUCGUCCGAUCGUUCAAGGACGGAAAAUUCUACACGGUGAUACGGAAAGACGUCCGCGAGAUGAACAGUGACUUUCCUCCAAAAGCCGACGCAGGACUCAAACCAGCACUGGAUGCAGCCUUGGAGUUCCUGCAGCAGUUUGUCGUGCCGAGCAGCUGGAAGACAGAAGUGAAGGAAGAAAGUUCAAGCAGCGAGGAUGAGGAGGAAGAGGAAGGGCAGGAUGAAGAUGCCAGUGGUGAAGAUGAGGAGGAGGAAGUGGAGCCGUUCCCCGAGGAGCGGGAGAACUUUCUACAGCAGCUCUACAAGUUCAUGGAGGACAGAGGAACUCCCAUCAACAAACGGCCUGUGUUGGGCUACAGGAACCUGAACCUGUUCAAGCUCUACAGGCUGGUGCACAAACUGGGAGGCUUCGACAAGAUUGAAAGCGGCUCCAUUUGGAAGCAAGUCUAUCAGAACCUGGGAAUCCCGGUGCUCAACUCAGCCGCUGGCUACAAUGUCAAAUGUGCUUACCGCAAGUACCUCAAUGGAUUUGAGGAAUACUGCACCUCCACCGCCAUCACCUUCCGGAUGGACCUCCCUUUGAAGCAGGCUCCCAAGGUGGAGGUGAAGUCUGAGGGCCAGGCAGGGGGAGCACCUGUCACCUCCUCCAGCUCGGAGGAGCAGAAAGUCCAGGUGGAUGGAGACCCUUGUAGCACACAGUCUAUCGUCUGCAAGGACGAGAAGCCGGAUUUGUCACGAAACAAAACGGAACCUGAACCCUUAAUUACUGAGGAGAAGGACAGCGGGGACGACGACGAGGACAAUGACGACAAUGACGACAAUGAAGACCUCGACCCCGAGGAAGAAGGCCCCCUCAAGGGAGACGCAGACGAGGGCUCGUCGACGGCCCGCCUCGGAGCGGAGAACAUGAAGGAGGAGCGCGACGAGGAGCAGGAGAGCAAAGACAACUCUGGGGAUGACAGCAGUCAGGAGGGGGAGGAAGGGGAGGAGUUUGAGUGUUACCCCCCGGGGAUGAAGGUGCAGGUGAGGUACGGGCGAGCCCGCAAUCUGAAGACGUACGAGGCCACUGUGAAAGAGGCAGACGUGGAGGGGGGAGAGGUGCUCUACCUGGUGCACUACUGUGGCUGGAACGUCAGAUAUGAUGAAUGGAUCAAGGCAGACAAGAUUGUGCGCCCAGCCAAUAAGAAUGUACCAAAAAUAAAGCACCGCAAAAAGAUAAAGAACAAAGCUGAGAGGGAGAGAGACAGGUUGGAGAGGCUCAAUGACAGAGAAGUCCUUGGCCCUUCGCCCCACGCUAACCGCCUCUCACGCUCCAAGUGUGGCCUGAGUCAGGAUGUCUUUUCCAAGAUGGACGAGGGUGAGGACAAAGGGACUCAGCAGUCUCCAGUCAAGUCUAUAGAAAUUACUUCUAUCCUCAAUGGCCUGCAAGCCUCGGAGAUAUCCACAGAUGAAAGUGAGCACGACGACGAUGACGAUGAUAAUAAUGAUGAGGAGGGCGAGCAUAACGAGGGAGAUCGCCCUGGUUGCAGAGGCAGCCCGAGAAAGGCCCCACCAGAGCCCCCGCAAACAUCAGAGUGCUUGGAGAGCGGGACCCCUCCGGAAGCAUCCAAACCGUCUCCAGGCUCAGGAAAGAGCCAGGAAUCAGGAGUCGGUUCAGAGAGCGCAGAUGUUGGGAAGCGCAGAAGCCAACCGGAGUUUGAAGGAGAGCAGAGCAACAGGAAGAGAAAAUCUGACGGUGCAGCGGAGAGGACCCAGAAAGGCCACUCUACAGCGAAGACCCGGAGCACCAGGAGUGCCGACUGGCUGCCUGGAGCCUCUCCCAGGAAAAUGGAGGAGAGAGCUGCUUGUCCCGGGGAGGAGAGGGGGGCCUCGUCCAGCAGCAGUUCAGAUGACGAGGAUGCAUCACUGGCCGAGUCCCAAGCGGAGGAAAGUGAGCGAAGCCGGCCAAAACCCAAAGGUUCAUCUUCCAAGAAGUACAACGGGAUGAAGGAGAAGACCAAAGGUGGCAGACCAGCUGGAUUCUGGGAGAUUCCUGAAAAGAGGGCCAAAAUGGCUGGGAACGCCGAGGAAAGGCCAGCUGUCCGCUCUAAAGGCCAAAAGGAUGUGUGGUCCAGCAUCCAGGCCCAAUGGCCGAAGCAGACUCUUAAAGAGUUGUUCUCUGACUCAGACACCGAGGCCGCCAAUUCUCCUCCUCCGCCUGUGCCCCCGUGUCUGGAGGAGCCGAGUAUCGAACAGGAUGCUGGACCUGAGGACGAAGCCUCCGAGGAGCAGAUGGAGAACGACAAACUGCAGGAGUUUCCAAGCAGUGGCAGUAACUCUGUACUCAACACACCACCAACAACGCCCGAGUCGCCCUCAGGGGGAGGCAGUGUUGUGGAAGACUCCGGUCCAGCGCAGCCCUCCUCCUCCCCGCCGCCGUCCGUAGCGCCCGUCUUGCCUUCAGAGCCGGUUUCUGACGCUCUUCCCUCAGGACCGAGGCACGAGGAAGCGGCAGGCGGGCGCAGUGAGACGGACAGCAGCACAGUGGAAGUGGAGAGUCUGGGCGGGGAGCUGCAAGACCUCCCUCAGGAUGAGGGGGCAGGUUCCCCCUCGAAGGUGUUCGACGUCAGCCUCUCCUGCAACAGCAGCAGCAGCGGCAGUCUAGAGCUGAGCAGCAGCAGCCAACUGGAGAUCGAGCAGAAGUCCAAAGCCUCUGUGAGUCAGAAGCGGCAGAAGGAAGCACAGACAAGUGUACCCUCGAAGAAACACAAGCCAAACCGCAAGAGCCUCGGUGUGCCUCCCAAAAAGAAUAGGAAAACGGCUGUCUCUUCUCCUCCAGCCAACAGCAGUGACAGUGAAGACCAGUCUGUUGUUGAGGGCACUGCCAAAUCAACUGCCUCAAAGAACAGCCCCCCACAGGUGAAGGCUGCCACUUCGCCCAAGUGUCACGUACGAUCUCCCCCUUCGAGCCAUAAGUACCACAAGCAGGGUGACGCCGACCACAGCCAGCACCGAGACAACCAUGGAAGAUCGUCACGCGUGUACAAGUGGAGCUUCCAGAUGGCUGACCUGGAAAAGAUGAGCAGUCUGGAGAGAAUUUCGUUCCUUCAGGAGAAGCUGCAGGACAUCAGGAACCACUACCUCUCCCUCAAGUCCGAGGUGGCCUCCAUCGACAGACGGCGGAAACGCAUGAAGAAGAAGGAACGGGAAAGCACAGUGGCGGCUUCCUCUUCGUCCUCCUCGUCCCCGUCCUCCAGCUCACUGACUGCGGCAGUCAUGCUGACGCUGGCUGACCCGCCGGUGUCAUCCUCAUCGUCCUCUUCGCAGAACUCUGGGGUGUCAGUGGAGUGCAGGUGACAGGACGAACCAGCGAAAAUCCACCGCACUAAGCACUUAACCAGCACCCUGGGGUCACUGCCCCCACUCCCAUCCAACAGGCGGACAAGUCAACCUACAUACUGUAACUACUGGGGCCCAAAAACCAGACCAGAGACAAACAAACAAGAAACGAGCACUAUUUUCUAUUGACAAUUGUUUCCUUGGCAAGCUAACGGCACUUAAGUGCACUUUUAUGAAGAUUGUGUAGGGGGAUAACAUUUGUCCAAACAAAAAUAAGAAAAUUGUCUUUAACGCUCUCAUUAAUUGAACAUUUAUAAGAAUAGUUUUUGCAAGCAAUAAUUGUUUCCGUUUGAUAAAAGUUGUGAUUGGUAAGUGAUGAUUUCCAGUGAAGACCCCCCUCGGUGCUCUGUCCUUGUAGCUCAACGCGGUACGGCCUGUGCUCGCCAUGUGGGUCCGGUGAGUCGAGAGGAACACAUUGCCACAUUGGCAUCAAGAGUGUACCAAAUGUAACUUUGCCACGUUUCUCUGUCGUCCCUCAUUAUAUCGGUCUUCAUGUGGUUGAACCCCAAGUGGUUGACGACGCUCUCCACGCGUACAGGCGCGUGGUGCUGUACAUGCUUGCAUUGAGUCGUGUAGGUGUUGGCGGGUAGGGUUUCAGACCAUCAUAGGUCCACUGAUGGCCUCAGUGGAUGAAUAUGGAAUGAUACUGUAGUGCCUUUUUGUUCUUCUCCAUGGGGCACUUUGAGAAAGGACCGCACUUUUUUUACCCUGAUCCUCUUCUCAAAUCAGAGGGUCAGCUGGAAUAAGGUGUCCCUGACAAAAGACUGAGAAAUGCCCCAUGAGUGUGCAGGCAGUAAAGGGAUGAGUCUGAUGGAUAACAAUGGUUCUAAUCAGCGUAUGGUGAUAUUUAAGAAGUAUAAUUGUAAAAUCAGAUCUUGUAUACUUGGAGAACCUGUAAUCUACUACUGAAUUAUCAUCCAGGUUGGGUGCAACUGUCACGUUUGGCAGUAUAAAAUGUGCAAUGAUGGAGGUGGUGAAUCAAAUGGUCACAUUAUUCCAGUUCUUCAGCCUUUUUAAAUGCCCAUCUGCUUUAUUUGAUUAUGUUUCCAUCACCCAUGUAAUCCCCUCUGUCCCAUUGUCUUCACUCAAGAUUUGCAACUGGAUCAAGUUAACAUGAAGGCAGUGUAGGAGGUAUUUCCAGCAUGUACUCGGUACUGCAAAACACACGAAUGAAGCUGAAUCUCACAUUUUGCAGGGUUUUCAACAAAAAUGAAGGUAUUCAAUUAUGUGCAUUUUUGCUUCGUUAAAUAAAGCAACGCAUAGUCUUUUGGCAUCUUUCUAAUUGUACUCAUGAUCAAAAAUGACAUGUCAUUUUCUCUCACACUCAUCCCUACCAAAAAAGGUUUGGCUCGGUUUCCUGUACUAUGACGAGAUUAAAGUUAAAGAUAUUGUAAAUGUACAUUUAUAUCAUAGUGACGUAUGUGUAUACAUUUCUGAAUACAUCUCCAUUGUUUCCUUUGUAUAGACCCCCUACUGUAUGAUAAAUUGAAGUUACAAUUUGUUUGGCACUUGUAUGUCAUUGUAUGCUUUUGUUAUACAUUUGUAUAUUGAGAAGUGUUUUGAGUCAAGCUAUUUAAUAUCUUGCACUGUGAAUAACGUACCUUUCUGUACAGACAGUUUUACGGUUUUAACUGCAGUUUAAGUGUAAAUACUGAGGGUUACAGCAUGUUUGUCCUCAUUGUUGUUCUCUUGUAGGAACAAAUUCAUUUGAGUAUAUUUAUGUUUUGUUCUGCCUCUUUUCAUCAGUUUGAAUACUUUGUCAUUUUUUUCUGUUAUGUUUUUCUUUAGUUUUUCUUAUUUUAUUUUUCUAUAGCUUGUGCUUAUAAGAGAAGAAUGGUGGUGUGGGAACCUGUACAUGGCUGGAAGCUUCAGCUGUAUGAACCUGUAUAUGGAAAAUAGUCUGGAUCAUAACGUAAGAGAAAGUAAUGGAGCUUGUUGAAAAAUGCUAAAUAGUAUUUAUUAGGCUCAUCUAAAGAUGAUCAUUGUGUAAUUUAUUGUAAAAAUGUAAGCAAAGCAGAAGCCUCUGUUUGAAAUAAAUGCCAUAGUUUGUGAAGUA